GUGAUCACUACAAUUUGCGUGAAACGGUAGUUUACAGAAGCCGAUUUCAGUGACGAAAUGUCGUUCCCAAGGGCCAAAACAAAAAGAUUCAAUGAGAUCGGGAGUUGUGCUCCACCGGUUGGGUCGUACGAUGUGAAAGGUGCAGAGAAAAAGUCUGCUGGAAUUGCUGCAUUCGACAAAACUGAACGCUUCAAAGAACCAAAAGUGCCUCAACCAGCAGUACAAACGCCUCGUCCAAGAUCCAGCUCCGUCUCGAGUCUUAAGAAAUCCAACAGCUCCAUCUCGCUGCCAGAUUACGACAAAGUUACUCCCAUCAAGAUGAACAAUUUAUCUUCAUUCGACGUUAGUUCAAGUGAAGAACAUAAUGCAAAGUAUGAGAAGCUAAUGGAGGAGUUGUUAUCUAUCACUGCAAAGCUCAACAGUAAACAGCAGGAAUUGGAAAGUUUAAGAUCAGCCACGAAUCUCAGAGAACAGAACCUACAGGCCGAUCUGGAGGAAUACAAAUCACGAAUGUCUGCGUUGGAACAGUCCAAGGAGGCGCUAGAGGUGAGCAAAAAGGAAAUACUAGUCCACCGAGAAGAGCUGGAAAGUGAGAUCAGUAAAUUACACGGAUUAAUCGACCAGUUGAGACUGGAUAAUUCUGAGUUGAGUCAGCAGCUAGUCAACGAGCAGCAGAGACAGGAGUUUAUGCACCAAGAAUUUGAGAGGACAUUGGAGAAGUCAAAGCAAAGAUCACAGGAUGCUGAGAAUGAUCUUCAGGACAAACUCAAACAAUCUUUGUUGAGGCAUGACGAGUUGCAGACGUCGCUGGAGACUGCAGAGGAGAAGCUCUCCACCCUGCAGGUGGCUUUUAAUAAUGAGACAAGACAAAGAGCUGAUCUAGAGCCACAGCUUUCCCAGGCCUGGAACACCAUCGCUAAGCUGCAGAACAGAAAGGAAGAACUUCAGCAAGAGGUCAAUCAUGUCAGGUCAGAGGUUAAAGUUCAGCAAGAGGUUGCUGAGGAGGAGAGACGGAAGAGGAUCGAGUCCCAAGAGAUGGCUGAGGAACUACAAGAGGAAUUAAAAAGGGAAUUCGGUGAGAGUGUAGCCGAGGUUAAUCAACUGCAGAGAGAUCUGGCAGUCUCAAGGCAGCAAGGAGAAGACGCCCAGCAGCAGCUUGAAGAUCAAGAAGAGGAACACUGGAAAGAAUUGGCUGCCACCGAAGAGUCCAUGCAAGCCAUCCAGCAGGAACUGAGUCGCCAUGAAGUCGAGAUGGACCAGCUGCGGAAAGAUCUGUCCAUCUCCAGGGAACAAACUGUCGAGACCCAGCAACUGCUGCAGGAACAACACAAGGAACAUUUGGAAGAAAUCGCCACCUCCGAAGAGUGUAUUCAAGCUUUUAAGAAGGAGGUCAGCGAGUAUAAAGCAGAGCUGAGUCAACUCCAUGACGAUGUAGCUCUCUCCAAGCAAGAGACGGCAGACGCCCAAGAAGAGACUCAGCAACAAGAGGAGAAGCAUCAGGAGGAACUUUCUCGCAUCCAAGAAUCCAUGAACACUAUAAAAGAGAAGUGCAUCCAAGAAACAGAUCGGAGCAAAGCAGAAACAUCUCAACUGCAGAAAGAUCUGUCCAUCGCCAGACAGGAAACGAACGAAGCCCAACAACAACUGGAACGACAAGUCGAGGAGCACAAGAAGAAAAUGGCCGUCUCAGAGGAGUCUAUGCAAGCUGUUAAGCAGGAAUUCAGCCGUCGUCUGGUAGACACACAGACCAGGCUUUCCUUGAAGGGAUCUGAGGUGCAGAGGCUGAGCAAGGAAGUGGAAGACAAGGGCAAGCAGCUUGAGGAGGAGGCUAGCAAGAGGAAAGCAGGAGAGUUGGAAGUUGAGCAAAUACAAAGUGCCCACAAGCAAUCACAAACAACCCUAAAAUCAUCAAUCAACCGCCUCGAGGAGAAGAACACCGAGUUGUGUGAAAAAGUCUCAGAGAUGCAGGAAGCCAUCAAGAACAUGGAGGAGGUAGAAGAGAGACUUCAAACAGCGAAGAGCAGCCUUGAAGAGGAGACUAGCAAGCUCAAAAACAAACUGGAUGACAUGCAAGAUGAGGUCAAGAUGUAUGAGAAAUUCUCUGAACAGACUAACUUACGGCUUGGAGAGAAGACUAACCUUGUGGAUGAUCUGAAGAAGCAGUUGGUGAAGAUGACAGAAGCUGUGAGUGCUAAGGAAGAGGAGGAGAGGGAGCUUAAAACACAGCUGGAGCAGAAGACUAAUGAGCUUAGUGCUAAGAUUCAAGAAGCACAAGAUAGUAUGAGUGCUCAUGAGCAAUCUGAGAAGGCAUUGAAUUCUGAAAACGCCCGCCUCUUGGAGGAGACGGCAAUCCAAGAAGAGAAGAACUUUCUCAAGAUAACUGAGAUGAUGGAAACCAUCGACAGAUUACAGGAGUCGGAGGAGAAUCUGUUGACUGAGAAAUGCAGCCUUGAGGAGGAGACUACUCAACUCCAGAGCAAACAGGACGAGAUGGAGGAGGAAGUCGAGAUGUACAAGAAAUACGUCUCCGAGAUCAAGUUCCAGCUGGAGGAGAAGACUAAACAGGCAGAGGAACUGGUGAGCCUGAAGAAGCGGCUGCACAAGAUGCAGGAGACUAUCAAUGCCAGUGGCGCGAAGGAGCAGGAGCUGACAUCACUGCUUGAGGAGAAGACUAGUGAGCUGGAAGCCAGAAUGACAGACUCUGAAGAAUGUGAGAGUUGGCGUUUGAAGUUUGAGGAGCUACAGGCCAAGGUGGAACCUUUUAAGGAUCAGCUUGAUCAAUUUGAGAUGGAGCGGAAUUUAUUGCUGAGCCGCAACGAUGCUGCCCGGAGCGAGGUGACAAAGCUGAGCCAAGACUACGCGAAGCUGCUCGGUCACCAGAAUCACAAACAGAAGAUCCAACACAUCAUCAAGAUCAAAGAUGAAAACUUGAAACUCAAACAGGAAGUGAACAAACUGCGAGAGGAGACAAUGAAGCAGAAGAAUGCCCUGAGGAAGCUGCAAGAUUCCUCGUCAAACCGAAAUCGUUUUGAUCCCUCCAAGGCGUUUGCUGCUCAGAGAUCCAAAGAGAAUGCAGCACCUCUAAGCAAUCUCAACUCCACCUUCCGCUAAACCCUUUCAGAGAUCACAAAUCUGACCCAAUCCAACCUCACCAACAGGGUUCUCCCUUAAAAGUGUUGGCCUCUGGCCAAUGCCAGUUAAAACACCUAGGGACAAUUCAGAGUUCUCUCCAACUAGGCCCAAUUUCAAGGCUCUGCUUACCGCCGAAUUCUGCGCUUACGAUCACGAUUCCCUGCUUA